GCUCCGAAACCAGUCCCGAGGCAAGCGUUUCCAGCUGGGGUCUGUUUUCCAGCUGAAGUUCAGCCCCCGCGAGGCAGAGAUAAUGAAGCACGUUCGUUAGGACCCGCCACCCCACGGGGUCGGGCGGGAGGCGAGGCAGGAGCUGGAGCCACCUGGGAUUUGGGCUCUGGAGCACAGGACCACAUGGGUGAGGGGAGACGAGAGACGAGCCUGGCACGGACAGCAGGCGGCCCGUGUAGGCCAUGGCGUCCCCGUCGCGGCGGCUGCAGACGAAGCCGGUGAUCACCUGCCUCAAGAGCGUCCUGCUCACCUACACCUUCGUCUUCUGGGUGUCGGGCAUCGUGCUGCUGGCCGUUGGCGUCUGGGGCAGGGUGAGCCUGGCCGUCUACUUCUCCCUGCUGGACGAGAAGGCCACCAAUGUCCCCUUCAUCCUGGUGGGUGCCGGCACCGUCGUCGUCCUCCUGGGCACCUUCGGCUGCUUCGCCACCUGCCGUGGCAGCACCUGGAUGCUCAAGCUGUAUGCCAUGCUCCUGUCCCUCAUCUUCCUCAUCGUCCUGGUGGCCGCCGUCGUGGGGUUCGUCUUCAGGCAUGAGAUUAAGACAAACUUCGAGAGUAACCUCAACCUGGCCUUGAGGGACUACAACGUGACCGCGGAUCAGCACAGCGAGGCCGUCGACACCAUCCAGAGAACCCUGCACUGCUGCGGGGUGCAGAACUACUCGGACUGGGAGAGGACUGAAUACUUCACCCAGAGGGGCAUCCCCCGGAGCUGCUGCAAGAGCCAGGACGACUGCUCAGAGGAGGAUCUGAAAGACCCAAACAAAGCCAAGCUGAAAGUGUUUGUGGAUGGUUGUUUUUGCCUGGUAACGUCAACGAUGGAGUCAAAAAUGAGCAUUGUGGCUGGAAUCUCCUUUGGCAUUGCGUGCUUCCAGUUGGUUGGCAUCAUUCUUGCCUGCUGCCUGUCCCAGUACAUCACAAACAAUCAGUAUGAGAUGGUGUAGCUGGCCCCCAGCACGCUGUGGCUGUGGCCGGGGUAUGCUCUCCGCAGCCGGGGAGGAUGCCACCACCUCCAGUUUUCCUCUGGAUGCCGCUUUGUGAAAUCUUGUUUUGAACUGACUGAUCUUCUUCUCAACUAGCUCGUAGAAACGAGUGCAGCAGCUGUCCUGGUGCGCUCAGGGACUUGUCCUAACACUACUCUGCUGUGCCACCGCGUGGGAUAAUUAGUGUAGCUGCGGUGGUUACAGCAAGCGCGCUCCUCCGGGCGCCGCAGCCCCCGGCUCUUUCCUCGGCGGCGCGCUCAAGUGCUGUGCCAUGCGGAACCGACCGUGCUGGUGGCCUCGCGGGACUCCCAGUGCUCGUCUUCGGUGCUUCCGUCAGGAAAGCGAUGCUUCCGCUCAUCUCCAGCAGCCUCUUGACGUCCCCUCGCUCUCUGGACGUGGUUGCUCUCGAGAUGGGGCUGUUGCCACGUUAAAACACGGCCCUGCCUGCCUGAAGCCCUUGGCUCAGCAAGGUCUCGGCGUGUUGCCAAGCUCUCUCUCAUCCCUGCCUUGGGUUUUAUAUACUUUUUUAUAGUUGUACUUUUUUAAGUACAGGCUGUAGUGAUUCUUUGUAAGCUGUAGUGAGGUUUGGUGAUGUAGCUCCUGGUGCCUUUACCUUGGUAGGUGUCCUUGCACCAAGUCAGCUCUGACUUGAUUGUCAGUAUUAUAUGCUGCUUUAACUCGUUUUGUGUAUCGAGUAGAACUCUUUUGUCCUGAGAUACAAUAAAUAUUAAGAUAUUUUACUCUA